CAUCUUGUCCAAAAACUCAAAUCAACAUGCGUUACAUCAACAUCCUCGCCGGCUUUGUGGGCCUCGUGCUCGCGGCAGGUCGAACCAGUCCUCCAGAAGGUGCUCUUGUCGUCGCCGCGGACGGCAGCGGUAAAUACAAGACGAUCCAGGACGCAGUCAAUGCACUCUCGUCGUCCUCUUCGGAGCAAAGCAUUUUCAUCAAGCCCGGCACCUACAAGGAGCAGGUAUACGUGAAGCAGCUCAAUGGACCUCUCGUCAUCUACGGCCACACAUCGGACACGUCUUCAUACGCCGGCAACCAAGUCGUCAUUACUGGCAGCAAGAGCCAGAAAACUGAGGCCAACAACGAUGCGACCGCCACCCUCCGAGUCUGGACCAGUAACUUCAAGCUUUACAACGUCAAUGUCGUGAACACUUUUGGGAAGGGCAGCCAAGCCCUGGCUCUCUCCGCCAAUGCCGGCGACCAAGGGUACUACGGAUGCUCCUUCAAAGGCUUCCAAGACACCGUCCUCGCGCAGACUGGCGCUCAGCUCUACGCCAAGAGCUACAUCGAAGGCGCCACGGACUUCAUCUUCGGCCAGAACGGUCAAGCUUGGUUCGAUUACUGCGACAUUCGUGUAUUGUCAGCCUCUGUGGGUUACAUCACCGCCUCUGGCCGCGCCGACGCCGCGAAUCCGAGUCACUAUGUCCUCAACAAGUGCAGCAUCUCUGCUGCAGGAGGCAAGUCCGUAGAGGCCGGAGCAUAUUUCCUUGGACGGCCGUGGGGAGCGUACGCCCGCGUAGCAGUCCAGUCCUGCACAAUGUCGAAUGUCAUCAACGCGGCGGGCUGGGCGGUGUGGAACAAGGGCGACGAGAGGACGGGAAAGGUCGAAUUCGGCGAAUAUGGUAAUGAGGGUGCUGGCGCUUCGGGCACGAGGGCGAAAUUCGCGAAGAAAUUGGAUGCGCCUGUCAAGAAGGAGAGUGUGCUGGGGAGUGGGUAUGCGAGUGCCAGCUGGGUUGACAAGGCAUACUUGUCGUAG